AUGGUCCUCUAUAAUAUUUGUUACGAUGGUCGACCUCUAUUCUACAGACUAGCGCUAUCCGACAUGAACAUUCCAUACGCCGAUCCUCGCCAUCCUUACUACAAGAAGUCUGCAUUCGAUCUCGGUGACGCUAGAGCUGGCUACACCGCCAACAACCUUAAGCUUGGAUAUGAUUGUUUAGGCUCUAUACACUACGUUUCCGCUACAUUAAGUAGCCCUAGAGGUGAUGCGAUCGCAAUGGAGAACUGUGUUUAUAUUCAUGAGCAGCAUAUUUUCUGUCUCCGAGCCGACCAUAUAAUGGACGGCCCCAUGAAUACCGUAACAUAUGAUGAGGUCGAACCUUUGGAAUGGUCCAAAGUUCUAAACCCUCACGGCACCGGUUACAUCAGCCAAGAGACAAUUGUUAAAAAGUCCGGCGGCUACAACCUCGACAUGACCAAGAACAGGGUCUACAAGAUCAAGAACCUUUCCUCCAUCAACCCUGUCAACAAGAAGGCAGUCGCUUACAAGAUCAUGGCACCCGACUUUCAGAAGAUAGUCGCACAGCAAGAGAGCUUCAACUACCGCCGCACCGAGUUUUCUAGCCAUAACUUAUUCGUAACUAAAUACCAGCCGAACGAGCUGACGGGCUCCAAUAUGGGGAGCUAGGGGCUUAGCAUGCAAGAAAGAAUCAACCAAAUUCCUCAGCAUUAAGUCCUCCAACUUGGCUAUUCAACCAUCUACACACUUGGAUCGAGUUUGGCACCAAAUCGGAC